AUGCACGCAGCCUCACCGAACAGCACACCCCAAGUUCUCCUGAACACUAUUCCUAGGAAUAUGGUAGCAUACUUCUCCCCUGUGCUCAAGGACUGUUUUCCGGCUGCAGGUGUAGCUCAUGCCAAUCGCCGUGGAUGUGAUGGAGAGAUAAUAGCUACUAUAUAUGGUAGCUUGAAGCCAGCAUUUAUAAUAAUCUUCAACUGGAUGAUGAAAUCCUGCGAGGGUCAAGGUCUGGUCUGGAUCGAGCGAAUGAAUUAUACCAAGUAUGCCAGGGUAUUUGAAGCUGCUAAGAUCCUUUCGGUGGACUUGGUUUGCGAAGACAUGCUUAACCGGAUGAAUAAGAUGGCCAACACCCAAAUCCGGGUAGACGACGUCAGGUUGAUCUACAACUUCUUCUCUAAGGACUCGGAGCCACGUCAAAUCGUGAUCCGAAGUAUUGGUGAUGCGGUCUUUGAACGACGCUUGCGUGGAUGGGCUCAGUACAAAGAGUUCAAAAUACAAUGCCGCGACUAUGACUAUGACAUAUACGAGUACGUUGAAAAGCGGCGUCGUGCUGUUGCAAAGGAAAAGAGAAAACUACGACAGCUUGAAAAGAAGAGUAAAGGAGGACCAAGUGGUAGAAUUCCCCUGCCUCAGGACUGGGAGGCGGAGGUUACCAAGGACCAGGAAACUGAGGACAAAGUGGCUGUUAAAAAGGUGACUGGCGUGGUUUCUCGCAAAGGAAAAAGGGGGAAACCAACCUAUGUCAGCGUGACUCUGGACAAAUUUGGGGUUGAUAAUGCGGACUACCGCCCCGAAUAUUAG